AUUCGGUACAAUAAUGAACCUCGGGAAACAACCAUCCAAACAAAGGGAGUGUAAUUCCCAGUGUUGAGACAUUUGCGAUCUUCAGUUCCCACUAUUAUUAACUCUUUCUCAGCAGUCUUUAUUUUCCGAUUAUUACAUCCCCUACCAACCACGCCAAAUUGAAUUCAGUUCUCUCCCACAUAACAUGGGUACUUCCGACGCCAAUGGCAAGCCAUCCUUGUCCCUCAUCAAAGAUUUCCUCAACAAAUGCGGCGGCGUUGCGGUGAUAGACGGGGGGUUUGCGACGGAGUUAGAACGUCAUGGGGCGGACUUAAAUGACCCUCUGUGGAGUGCUAAAUGUCUCUUCACUGAUCCUCACCUCGUCCGCGAUGUACACUUGGACUACCUUGAAGCUGGUGCGGAUAUAAUACUCAGUUCAUCUUAUCAGGCAACCAUCCAGGGGUUUAAGGCCAAAGGAUAUUCUAUAGAAGAAAGUGAAUCUUUGCUCAAAAGAAGUGUCGAGAUUGCAUGUGAAGCACGGGACGUCUACUAUAAUAGAUGCUGUGAAUCUUCAUCUGAUCAUAACACUGAGGGAAAGGUUCUCAAAAAGCGUCCUAUCUUAGUUGCAGCAUCUGUUGGGAGUUAUGGGGCGUAUUUAGCUGAUGGUUCUGAAUACAGUGGGGAAUACGGGGAUGCGGUUGACCUCAACUUUCUAAAGGAUUUUCAUCGAAGAAGGGUUCAGCUUCUUGCAGACUCUGGUGCUGAUAUAAUAGCUUUUGAGACCGUGCCAAAUAAAUUGGAAGCUCAGGCUUUUGUCGAGCUUCUUAAGGAAGAAGACAUAAAAACUCCUGCUUGGUUAUCCUUCAACUCUAAAGAUGGUAUAAAUGUGGUCAGUGGUGAUUCUUUAUCAGAAUGUGCUGCAAUUGGCGAAUCAUGUGAAAAAGUUUUAGCUGUUGGAAUCAACUGCACCCCUCCUAGAUUUAUUCUGGAUCUUAUUCUAUCCAUCAAUCAGGUAACAACAAAACCAAUUCUUAUAUAUCCCAACAGUGGUGAGAGUUACGAUGGCAUUCGGAAGGAGUGGGUGAGUAAUACUGGGAUAAGAGAUGAAGAUUUUGUUCCUUAUGUUAAUAAAUGGUGUGAGGCAGGAGCAUCCCUGGUUGGGGGUUGCUGCAGAACUACUCCAAAUACCAUUAGAGCUAUACACAAUGCACUCUCCGGAAGACGUACUGUCUAAUCCGGGGAGAACAAAAUAGGGGAAUCUAACUUAAGAGCUGGGCAAGAUCUUGUGUCCAGGCUGAAAGGAUUGUUUCCGUCUCUAGUAAACCUGGAUGGCCUACAUUUCAGAAGAGGUUUCUGCUUGACUGGAGUUCAAGAAAACGUCCACUGAUCGACCUAGGCUAUUUGUCAGCGGUGUAUUAUAUUUGGUACUUGCAGGAUGUUCGAAGAUCAACAAAAUAUUAGGUUUUUAAGAACUUGCAAGGAUUACACACAUUGUGGUUGCUCAAUGAAUGUACUAUUCUCUCUACUUUACUACCAACAAAAACCAUAGCUAUUUUAGUAUUUACUUCUGUAUUAUUGUGUUUAGAACUUCAUUUUUCAUAUUGGAAGUUCUGAGAUUUGAACCUUGA